CCGUAGUGUUAAACAGGGAUAAUACAAAAAUAAAACCAUCCUGAGAUAAUAAACGUACGCUGAACUUGUUAAAGAUGAGAAUGACUACAGGAAUUCUGGUUGUGCUGUUAGUUUUUCAGACACUGAGUUUCACUGAGGAGAAAAAGUCUGUAAAAGUGGUGAUAGAGAAAAUGAGAUUCCUGAUUUCUGUGGAUCAUGGUCCCUUCGGAGGAUGUAAAGCUACAAUUCGAACACCAAAGCUUGUUCCUGGAACUCCAGUAAAUAAUACAAAGAGUAUGAAUAUCUCAACAUGUGACCACGGUAAACUGGUAUUCAAUGUUAGAUAUCCCAGAUAUCCACCUGAUCCUAAAGUAGCCUGUGCUGUUGAUGUCUCCUUCACGUCAUUUAACGUCGACAACCCACCUACCUGCACUAUUCCAUGGAACGUGACCUAUCGGUAUCCAACCGGACAAAGUUACUCAUCACUGCCGGGCUGCUACACGAAAGUGGUUCAGCCUGCAUUUGAUUUCUACCUUGAACAUGCUUAUUACUUUAAGAUCUAUGACUGGAAAGGACAUUUUGAGAGUUUUGAAGAUGGUGAAUAAAACUGUAUAUGAAUUCAUGUUUCUAGUCUACGACUACAUAGUAAAAAUAUGAACAUAAAACUUCAUCAGUAAUACUUAUACGGGAAUUGAAUUGAAUACUUCUUUUGCAUGCUGGGGAUUGUUUUUGUAUAU